CGAAAAAUGGUAAUAUUCCGAACUUUUUGAAUAUUGCUGCAUUUCAUAUAAAUUAAAAAUUUAAGAUACGUUUAGGAUUGAAAAAUAAUGAAGGUGUUAUUACAUUUUAUUACUGGAUUUUAUUCUUUGAAUAUCAUAGAACUACACCAUAUACAAAAAGGUUGUAAAAAAAUAAUUUAAUUUUAAAUUUCUUGAAAAAUGUGUUAACUAUGACGUUUGAGAAAACGUUUGAUUAAAAGUUAAUAUUUUUCAUGAAACUGUGACAAAAUGGAAUUGUGUAUUUGACGAAUGUAUAGAGGCGAAGAAUAAUUUAAAAAGAUGCCACAUCCGUGUGUCGUAUGCGGUCGUUCGCGUAUGAAUCCAAACAAUAAAGAAGAAGAAUAUAUGUUUUUUGGAUUUCCUGUUAACGAUGAAGUUCGAUGCAGAAAGUGGUUGGAAUUUUGCUGUCGCGAAGAUUUGUAUAAACUUACAAAGAAACAAUUACUUCAACGAAUGGUAUGUUCUAAGCACUUCGAACAGAAGGAUUUUUUAAAUGAGUAUCUUGACAGAUUAAAUAAUACGGCAGUACCUUCAAUUUAUGAUCCUAAACAAAGUUUGUACAACAUAACCUGCGUAUUAUGUGGUCGAUCUCGUCGAGAUCCAUCAAAUUUAGAUUAUGACGAUGUAACAUUUCAUCAUUUCCCUGGCGAGGAAUUUCGAUGUUUGAAAUGGCUUGAUUUUGUUGGUGUAGAUUCAUAUUACAGAUUGACGAGAAAGGAAAUUUUAUUUUGUUACAUUUGUUCAAAACAUUUUGAUCGUACUCAAUUUCUGUCUGGUUAUAAAAGCAGAUUGAUAGACAAUGCUAUUCCCAAUAUCAGAAACCCUGAUCAGAUGGAUGGAUCUGAACAAUAUAUUAUGGAAUUUGUGUUUGAAUCAAAAUAUAGUUCCUCAGACAAAUCUAAGAAAUUAGAGCCUUUACCACCUGCUGUCUUAGAAAGUCAAGCAUGUGCUGCUUGUGGCAGAUCAAGAUCUGAUCCAAGAAAUAAAAUAGAAAGAUACAAGUUCCAUCCUUUUCCUGCUUAUGAAAUUGGCAGGUGCUUAAGAUGGUGUCAAUUUUUGGGUAGAGAGGAUUUAUUAAAAAUGUCACCAAAUCAAAUAAGAAAGUUGGUACUUUGUUCAAAACAUUUUCAAACAGGACAAAGUUUUCAUAAAGUCGGACCAUGUGAUGCAGUUCCAACAAUAAAGGAUAUAUCACAAUUAGACUGUGACAAUUCAACAGAAAAGAUAGAAGAUGACCAAGAUGUGUUAGAAGAAGCUAAUUGUAAUAAUACAACUAAAGGAAUUAAAAGGCAAGGUUUUUCAAGACCUUUAGUAUCUAGUAAAAAACCAAAGGUAGAUAAUAAGCCCACACCUCUUGCAAAGAAACGUGGGAAAUCUAAAAGGCCAACUCUUAUUAACAUUCCAAGGCCUGAUCCUAAUAAUAUUGAAAAUCGUAUGAUAAGAAAAUUACCACUUCCUCCUACUUCCAAUUGGAAAAUUCAAUUCACAGAUCAAUUUCAACCCAUAACAAUAGCAAAUCAUAUUACAUCAAAUAUUUCAAAUAAUAUACAAGGUAACAUAAAGAAAGUAAUCCUACCAUUUACUGGUGAUAUAUCAAACUUAGGUGCUCCUAUUCCAGUGCAUAGUUUAUCCAGUAUUCCCCCUGGUUUAUUAAUUAAAAUAGAUCUUCCUGAACAGGAGCAACAAAAGAUGAAAGCAAUGAAAAAGCAAACUAGACCAAAAAUAACACAUACUCCUAUUGCUUCUAAUGAAAUUGAUACAAGACAGCAAGUGUGGGUGAAAAAUGGUGAAGCUUCAGUCACAUUGCCAGUUAUAAAACAGAGCAAACAAGAGACAGAUAAAAAUUUAGUUGAAUUUAUGUCAACCUCUCUGGAGGAAACAGGAGGUAAAGUAGUAACUGAAGAAUUAGAUGUACAUGAGGAAGUUGUAGUACCACAUACAUUGGAAGUGUCAGAUGACGAAGCAUCUAAUGUGAAAGAAGAACAAUUUUAUGAAAAUUUUGAAGAAGUAGAAUGCUUACCAUCAAAAGAGCAAAAACCUGUGAGACGUAGAAAAGGUUCAAGAACAAUGAGAAGAACAAUUCUUCCUAUUAGAAGUGAAGUAAAGUAUUUUCUGCGCAAAUUGGCACCUCAUAUGCAUAAAUUACCUAGGAGAGCUAGAGCACAGAUGAAACUUGCAAUUGUUAAUAUGGUGAUUGAUUACUUGUAAAUUUGCUAAGAUAUAAAUAAAUCAUAAUAUUUUUAACAGUA